CACAGCUGAUUCUGAUCGGAGGAGCACCUUUAAUUUGCUUCAACAAUUACGGUUGAUCACCGUAAUUGCACCGCAGGGUAGAACAAGUCCUUACUCAACAACAAAAGGAAAUCAGAAAAUCCAAUAUUCAAUAACACCGAAAAAGACAGCUCCAUACAUCAAGAAUGUAGAAAUCCUGCAUCCCUCUAUCGAUGUUCCGAAUUGUACUGUGCAACGACCAUCUGUAGUCAAUCUUAUUCAUCAAAAUAUCAAGUUGCGACCACAAAACGCAUUGAACAUUACGUCCAUCAGUAACCCCGCAUUUUCAGCUACUGAUAAUCGCGUCAAACUUCCUGCCUCUGCCAGCUUACAAUUACUAGGGAAAGAAAGUGUGGACAAAGAUCUCGUCUCCACUGUUAGUUUUUCAGGUUCUCAAGUAAUAGAAACCAAUCAUUCUGAGGAUAUCACUGAAGAAAUGCUGAUCAAUCCACAGUUAUUACAUACGUCGUCGCCAAAUGAUAGUCUAGGAUGGAUGGAUGAUAAAGAUGACACGCAAGUGGAUUCUGAAGAUGACAGUGCCUGUAAUGUCGAAACUUGUCAAGAGGAAGCCGAAGCGGUAGGAACUACACGCCAUCGUCACGGCAACGAAACUUCAAAUCUUGCAAAUGAGCAAGACGAAAACGCACACGUAGAUGCACAUGUUAUAAUUGCGAAUGCAAGAGGUAGCGACGAGGGUGAAUCUAGUAGAAAGAAUUUUGAGGAUCUGCAACGCCGUGAUAACAUGUCUUGGCUAACAAAAGAACGCGACCAACUCCAUGAUGGCGAAAAAUGCUGCGUUCAAUGCAAAAAUGAAAAUAUGUUGCUGCUAUCAAAAGUUAAUGAAUUGAUAUUAAUCGUCGAAGAAAAUAACAACAUUCUCAAAAACAUUAAACAAAAGAAUAUUCGCGGCUGCAUAUGUAGCAGAGAGAUUGUUCAAGCCAUCCAAAAAUUCAAUCUCUUACCAGAUUUUCCACUUGAUGAUGUUGCAGAAUUGGAAGUUUUCAAUGCGAGUUUGGAAACGCAAGAAGAUGUUAAAAGCGAAUUUGUUAUGAAAGUAUCAAUGAUAAAAAAUAACACACUACAAACCAUGAUUAGCAGAAUCCUACAAUCACUGAUUACCGAUAAAUUAGCUAAUCGAUUAACUUGGUCCAUAAAAAAUCCAAACAAGCUUAAAAUUUGCGACUUGGAUAUAGUAAAAGUUAUCGUAGAUACCCUGCAAUCAAACCCUGAAGCUGAUUAUAAAAACGACGAAAAGAUGAUGUUAUGAAGGAAUGGGUCAGAAGAUCUUCUGAUCGCAUCAGUAGCAAAAAGAAGAAGUUAUUGAGCAACAGUAGUUUGAGUCAAACUCCUAUGUGAACCCCGCGUACAAUUAUUAUAUAUUGUUUUAAGUUACUUUAUUGUUGCAUAAAAAAUAUGUGCCAAAGUUUUACGAGCCGAGAAAGUCUGAUUGAAAAAAGCGUUUUCUUUUAAAAAAAAAUUGAAAAAUUAUUCAUUAGUAGAUAAGCAUUCUCUUCCUUAGUGCUUUUUCAGUUUCUUAACUAAUGCAUAAAAAAUAUGAGCCAACGUUAUAAGAAUCAAAAUCCAAUCGAAACAAGCGUUUUUUUUUUUUUUAAUUUGAACAAUUAGUCAUUGAUAGAUAACUUAAUGUGUGAUAUCUUAUGGAAAAAAAUAGUCAUUAAUAUGAAGAGUAGUCUGUUCUUAUGAAAAAAAUUAAUAUAUCUGUAUCAAUAACGUGAUAUUAAUUAAUGUGAUAUGAACACUGACUUAUAAUUAGCUGCGUACUUUUAUAAGAUAUUCAAUGAAAAAGAAAAGUAUUGUUGUACAUGUAUAAGAUACUUAUCAUAUGUAUAAAA